AAUUGAGGAAUAAGAAUCACAAAAAAUCAAGGUUAAUAAAAAGGAAGAAGAGAAUGGAUGAAGAGCAUCGCAAGGUCAUACUCACCAUCCGCAGUAGCAGCAACUCUGGGUUUUCUCUCCUUCGCUCGUAAAACCCGUCUCUCCUUAUUGGCGGCAGCUAGGGUUUCUGCCAGUCUCAACUUCGCCAGCUUUUCCACUUCAUCUGCGGCAGUCAUGCCGGGGGAAGACCCGAAACAAGAGCCCCAGUGGCCGGCGGCGAAAGUCAGGGGCACUUUCUUGAAAUUCUUCGAGGAAAAACGCCACAAGAACUGGCCGUCCAGUCCAGUCGUCCCCGUGAACGACCCAACUCUCCUCUUCGCCAAUGCUGGCAUGAAUCAGUUUAAACCCAUCUUCUUGGGGACAGCUGAUCCAAAUACCGACUUGAGCAAGCUAAAACGCGCUUGUAAUACCCAGAAGUGUAUCCGCGCCGGAGGGAAGCAUAAUGAUCUUGACGAUGUGGGGAAGGACACAUACCACCAUACAUUCUUUGAGAUGUUGGGGAAUUGGUCAUUCGGUGAUUAUUUUAAGAAGGAGGCUAUUGAAUGGGCUUGGGAGCUCCUAACCAAGGUGUAUGGACUGCCCGAGGAUCGUAUUUAUGCUACUUAUUUUGGGGGCGAUGAUAAAGCUGGUCUUGCUCCUGAUAAUGAAGCAAGAGACAUGUGGCUCAAAUUGUUGCCACCUGGACGAGUGCUGCCAUUUGGUUGCAAGGACAAUUUUUGGGAGAUGGGUGAUACUGGUCCAUGUGGUCCUUGUACAGAAAUACAUUUUGAUAGGAUUGGUAAUCGGGAUGCAUCAUCAUUGGUGAACAAUGACGAUCCUACAUGCAUUGAGAUAUGGAACCUUGUGUUUAUUCAGUUCAACAGGGAAAGUGAUGGCACCUUAAAACCUCUACCCUCUAAGCAUGUUGAUACCGGAAUGGGUUUCGAGAGGCUUACUUCAAUUCUCCAAAACAAGAUGAGCAAUUAUGAUACUGAUGUUUUUAUGCCCAUCUUUGAUGCCAUUCAGCAGGCAACAGGGGCACGACCUUACUCUGGAAAAGUUGGGGCUGAGGAUGUGGAUGGAGUUGACAUGGCUUACAGGGUUGUUGCUGACCACAUCAGAACUCUCUCUUUUGCCAUUGCUGAUGGUUCUUGUCCAGGUAAUGAGGGACGUGAAUAUGUUCUUAGGCGCAUUCUUCGUCGUGCUGUUCGCUAUGGAAGUGAGAAGCUUAAAGCCCGAGAAGGAUUCUUUAACGGGCUUGUAAAUGUUGUUGUAAGAGUGAUGGGUGAUGUUUUUCAAGAGCUUAAAGAAAAGGAGCAACAUAUCAGGGAAAUAAUAACGGAAGAGGAAGCAAGUUUUGGGAGAACAUUGCUCAAGGGAAUUGAGAGAUUUAAAAAGGAUGCUAAGGAGGUUGAGGAUGCUCAGGGAAAAGUAAUCAGUGGGCAGAAAGCAUUUGUUUUGUGGGACACUUAUGGCUUCCCGCUAGAUUUGACUCAGUUGAUGGCAGAAGAAAGGAAAUUGGGAGUUGAUGUUGAAGGUUUCAAUAAAGCCAUGGAUGAAGCUAGAGAAAGAUCAAGAAGUGCCCAAACUAAGCAAGCUGGUGGUGCUAUUGUCAUGGAUGCUGAUGCUACAUCUAUAUUGCACAAGAAGGGUGUUUCUGCCACAGAUGAUUCCUACAAAUAUAUUUGGUUCCAGGAUCACGAGUCUUCGAUUAAAGCCAUCUACACAGGUUCUGAGUUCUUGGAAAGUGUCACUCUUGGCAAUGAAGUUGGCAUAGUUCUCCAAUCUACUAGUUUCUAUGCUGAACAAGGUGGUCAGAUUUUUGACACUGGGUUACUUGAGGGCUCAUUUGGUUCCUUUGAGGUUCGCAAUGUCCAAAUAUUCGGAGGAUUUAUCCUUCAUAUUGGUUCCCUCACUGGAGGCACAGGAAAAUUCUCAGUCGGUGAGAAGGUUGUCUGUAAGGUUGAUUAUGAGAGACGGAAAAUCAUCGCACCCAACCAUACUUGUACACACAUGUUGAACUUUGCUCUUAGAGAGGUCCUUGGUGAUCACAUUGACCAGAAGGGAUCUAUUGUCCUCCCUGAAAAGUUAAGAUUCGACUUCAGUCAUGGAAAACCAGUGGAUGCUGAGGCUUUAAGAAAAAUUGAGGCAAUUGUGAAUGAACAAAUUAAGGCUGAGUUAGGUGUAUAUGCUAAGGAAGUGAGCCUGGCUGAUGCUAAGCAGAUUAAUGGACUGCGAGCUGUUUUCGGUGAAGUGUAUCCUGACCCUGUUAGAGUGGUUGCAAUCGGUCGUAACGUUGAAGAACUUGUGGCUAACCCAGAUAACAAUGAAUGGCUGUCACUUUCAACAGAGCUCUGUGGAGGAACGCAUAUUACAAACACAAAGGAAGCUAAAGCUUUUGCUCUUCUGUCCGAGGAGGGAAUUGCAAAAGGGAUUAGACGGAUAACUGCAGUUACAACCGACAGUGCUUUUAAAGCAUUGGAAUUAGCAUGCUCGCUUGAGCAAGAAGUUGAGGAAGCAUCCAAAGAAGAUGGCAGUGCACUGGAAAAGAAAGUCGCAUCUCUGAAGAGUCGUGUGGACGCAGCAACUAUUCCUGCAGCCAAGAAAGCUGAUCUUAGGUCCAAGAUAUCUGUGCUUCAGAGCCAAGUGAGAAAGCUACAGAAGAAGAUUGCUGAAGAAAACACACAGAAGGCUGUGCAGGUUGCAACGGAGAUUGCUGAAACUGCUGCAUCAGAAGGCAAAUCAUUUUGCAUCUCGAGAGUCGAUGUAGGCUUGGAUGCAGCUGCAGUUCGUGAGGCCGUGUUAAAAGUCCUGGAUCGGAAGGGAAUCUCAAUCAUGGUUAUCAGCAUUGAUGAAAGCACAAACAAAGCGGUGGUGUGCGCUGGAGUGCCAGAUAAGUCGAACAAGGUGAAGCAGUUGGAGGUUUCUGAAUGGUUGAGCAAUGCCUUGGGUCCUCUGAAUGGAAAGUGUGGAAGAGGAAAAGAUGGUGUUGCCACCGGCCAGGGAAAAGAUGCGUCGAACGUGGAUGAGGCCAUGGAUGUGGCAUCGAAGUUUGCUGAUCUAAAGUUGCGAUGAUGAUGAUGAUGAUGAUGAUGAUAUGGAGCGUGGAACGUUUGACAGUUACAUAGAACCUUAAACGAAUGAACAAAACAAUGGAAAUCGUGUUAGCAGUUUGGCUUGAAUCUGUUUGUUUUUCCUGUUUUCUACUUUUGUCACUGUAGUACCUUUUAUUUUCAACUACUAGGAAGGCACAAGUUUAUAUCUACUUGCAAAUUUCCUGGGAAACAAGCUAGGGGUGGCCACGUUGUUGGUUAAUCUGCACUUUGACAUUUAUCCAUCGUAGAUGGAUAAUUGAUGUCGGUGGUGGGUGGAUUGAUAAAUCUCUUAUAUAUAUGUAUUUAAUCGGGUGGGUGGUGGGUGGAUCGCAGGUCACUUGAAUGGCAUGUACGUAUUUACCUUAUUUUUAUACGUAUAAAAUUUAUUUAUGGUUUAUAAUAUCAAAUAUUUGCUAUGCA